UGCGUUUGCGUGUUUCCCGAUUUUCUCUUCAGUUCGAUAAAAAAACUACCUUGGCUUUGUUUUAUGGAUAUUGAGUGUCGUUUUAUUCGGUGACUUCGGCUUUUUUCUUAUAAGGACUUGACUGUGUUUUGUGAUUUGGAUGUUUCGUUUGUGAUACAAAAUGUUGCGUUGCCUGAAUUGCUGGUUACGCGUUCAACGAAUACAGAGACAUGUGGUUACAACUCUGCCUCAAGAGUUACUAAUAAUCUUAUCUAUUUGGCUCAGAAUUGAAUAUCUUCCUAUGCAAGAUGUGUUGUGCCAUGCUUGUUAUGUAUUGAUACAAAAUGCUGAUGUAAACACACCAAGGACAUUAAGUCAUACUAAUGUCUGUGCUGGUUGUGGCUGCUCUUUGAAUGAAGCUAGACUUCACUUCCUUGAAGAAAACAAACCACUUUAUGAAUAUUUUCUGUGGAUAAGAUCAAUACAGGUUAAACAAGCACAAUCGUAUUAUGGCGAGCAUGUUCGAAAAAAUGGGUCAUACGAAAUAGAAGUAUGUCCCGAACUGGAACAUUCUGAAGAAAUGGUUGCGGCCGUUGGAGGAUAUAGACCUUACUUUUAAGGGCUCGAAUUUAGUCCCGCCAUGUUGGUCGCCUUAAAUAUUUUAAUUGAUGCAGAACCAUCUAAUAAUCAUAGCUUAGAUGUAAUAUUAGGCUACUGUUGUAACUGUCUCGUUGGUUACAGAACAGUGGGUUGCUGUUGCCACAUCAUGACCAUAAUAUGGUAUUUGGGCUAGUCAUACGACAAAUAUAUUGAGGCCAGCAUCAUUUUUAGAUAACGUUUUACUAUUAAUUGAAGAAUGAAACAAUAAACACUU